CAAAAGCAGGGCCACUUUCUUCCGUAUCAACACUUCCGGUUCCGGAAUAUUUUAGUUUACAUGCAGUCUUGGUGAUCAACACCGAAGAAAAAUCCUAUGAUUUAAACUUCACGAAAGCUUUAUGAAAUUAACAUGAUAGCAACAUGAAGUCAAAAAUCAAAGAAGGGUAGUAAAAGUAAAACAGUGAAAUGAAAGAUGUAAGAUUAUCCAUAAUGCUUUAGUGAGUAAAGUUUCAGUAAAACCAAUAUGGUGAUGGAGGGUUACAUCUUUGAUGAAGAUGAGGAUGAGGAACCAGAACAAAACCAGAAAUUUCAUAUUAGGAAACCAGUCAAACCUUAUAUUUGCUCAACACCAGGAGAUUUUAGUGAAGAAAGAGAUUUUUUACUGGAAAAUGUAUUUCCAAAACUACGUGAGAUUUGUAAAUUACGAGGAGGAUAUUUCUCACCCGUUGAUAUUCGAUGGGAAAACGAUGAUGAACAAGUCGUGAAUGGUCAUUUGUUAAAACUACUACUAGAUUACAUUUGUAAUUGCUGUCCUUAUUUCAUAUGUCUUCUUGGCGAGACAUAUGGACCCUACCGAUCUCUAGAUGCUCCAAAACUGCCAAAACGAUUUAAAAUCAACGAAGAUGCUGAUUGGUUGGACAAAAACUACCUUAUCGCCGCAUCAGCAGGUUAUGAUUGGGUUUUACAAGAAGGUCAUCAAAAUACCAGUUUGACCGAAUUAGAAAUUAUUCAAGCUGCCUUUCUUAACAAUACAAAACACUGCCAUUUUUAUUAUCGUCAACCUGAACAUUUGAAUCAUAAGUAUGGACAUUUACCAUCAGAAGAGAAAGAAAAGUUGAGUCAAAUACAUUUACCAGACAGUGAAUAUGCUGACUUGAACAUUAGGGAUUUAAAGCAAAGAAUUGUUAAUAAGGGUAUUCCUGUACGAUUCUUCAAAACAUUGGAAGAGCUUGGAAAUUAUGUGAUGAAAGACUGGAGUGUUAUUAUAGAAAAUGUGUUCCCUUUUUUGGAGUAUCCAAUUGAGAUUUUAGAUCAAGAAGAAUACAGAGAUUGGGCAGCAAAUGAGACAUUUGCUGAAGUUCGACGUCAAGUGUUCAUUACCUCCCCUGCUACCAAGACUGCCAUGGAAAAAAUGACUGAAUUUGCUCUUACUGCCCUUGAUGAACCCUCAUUUGAACCUGAAGCAGAGUUAUCAAAACUUAGAACUCAUACACUUACAAAAAUGUUGAAGAAAAAAAAAUCUGUAGAAAUAAAAUACAAGUCAAUAUUGUCUGUUUAUGGAGACAGAGGCUGUGGGAAAAGCACUCUUAUAGCCAACUGGAUUAAAAAGUUUAAAUCUGAAAACCCAGAGAUAAAAGUCAUUCAUCAAUAUACUGGAUCAUGUUCCAAAAAUACUGACAUUGCAUACUUCUUACGACAAUGCAUACAGGAAUUACGCUAUGAAUUUCUCAGACAAGACAGGGAAUCAACAGUGGUGUCAGACAAUGGUCGACCAUGGACCUUCCAGGAAGUCUGUGAAGCCUUUAAUGCUGUGGCAUCGUUAGGUCCCUCUGUUAUUGUUAUUGAUGGUUUGGAUGAAAUUGGUGCAACACUUGGUAAAACUAUCAGACAGGUUAAAGAACUACAGUGGCUGCCUUUUCCAUUCCCGCCCCAGUGUAAGAUCAUCUGUACAAUGAGUAGGUCAGACUUAGUGUAUCAUGGACUCUCACGGAGACAAGACUGUACAUUGUUAUCAAUGCCUGUUUUCAGUACCAUUCAAUUACAAAUGCAAUUUCUUGAAGAACACAUGCAACAGCAUUUUCACUUGUUAAAUAAAAACCACUAUCAACAAAUCAAUGAUGUCAAACUAACAAAAAAUCCGCUAUUUUUGAAUAUAUUAGGAAAUGAAAUAGAAUCUUACAGUGUUCAUUCAAAUUUAGCAGAAUAUCUGGACGAGACUUAUGACAAAAUUUCAUCAUUAAGGGACUUAUGUGUUCGAUGUUUUCAACGAUGGACAAAGGAAUACAGUUGGAAUAAAGAAAGUUUGUAUGGAGAUGCCGAAGAUGAAGCUGAAUUAGAAUUAGAAGGUUGGAUACCUGAUACCCUACGGUUGUUUGCUGUAUGUCGAGGAGGAUUAACAGUUGAGGAAGUGCUUACAAUAUUACAGACUCUUGGUUAUUGUAACACGAGAGAGGUGAAAAGUUAUGAUUGGUUGCAGUUCAGAAAUUGCAUUGGCAACUUCCUUCUUGAGAAAGCAAAUGGUUUAUUAGACUUUUCUCACCAGCAUUUGAAAGAAAUAGUGGAAUAUGUUUUAUUACGAGGUGCUAAAAAGAAAGACAGUAAAAAGAACCAAAUGAAGCAGUUUAGUCUCCAUUCUUUAAAAGCAGGCGGUGGAUCUGCUGCUACAUCUAAUGAACCAGAAAACGAAUGGAAAGAACAGAAGAAGAAGUUCCACAGUCAUGUAGCAAAGUUUUUUCUGAAGCAGCCAUUUUGUCAGAGAACCAUUGAAGAGUUACCAUGGCAACUGUUGAGUGCUGGUGACAUAAAAACUCUUGUUAAGGUGUUGACGGAUCCUGUGAUUUUGGAAGGUUUCCUUGAUGAAUCCAAGAAGAAUCCAUCAAAUAGACAGGAUCUAGCAUUCUACUGGAAUAUUCUGAAAGAUGAGGGCAUAAGUGUAACAACAACAUACCAACAGAUGUUAAUGCAACUUGGUAUACUGGAUCCUGUUGUUUAUGAUAGUGAGGAUUUUGACCGAGAUGAAAUGUCCACUAGUUUGUCUACAGAAGAGAAGUCAGACACACCCACUAUACCAAUAAUAAUAACAACACCAGCACCAGAAGGAGAGUUAUCUAUCAUUGAAGAAACAGGCAGUAUACCAGACACUGAACUUCAGAAGUUGGAAGAAAGCACAAAGACAGAAAGUGUAGCAAAGGAUGAUGGAAUUGAUACAAUAUUCCUAACAGAAUCAAAACACAAACUUAUAGAGAUACCAACAAAAGACGACAAGAAAGGACCAGCAUACCCACCAUUUGCUACAAAGUUGUCAUGGUUAGUUGCCAUGUUCCUGAAAGACAUGGGUCAUGGUGGGGCUACAGAAGAUAUCCUUAGCUCACUUAACAAUAAACUACAGACGAACUACCCAUUGACAAGAGAUGAUUUGUUUUUACAAGCCAAAACACAGGAAAUGUUAGGUAGAUUUUGUCAAGACAGGGGAGAUAAGCAAGAAGCAGAGAAAUGGUUUGUUAAGUCCCUUCGUAUCGUCAUGGAUGCUAGUGAUGAAGAGGAAGAAACAGAAUUAGACUUGGAUUUACUUAAUUUGAAAGGUUGUCUGCUAAGUCAUCUUGGUUUCCUGAGGAUGAAGGAAGGGUUAUAUGACAGUGCAGAGGAUCUUCUGAAGGAGGGGCUAGAAUAUGUCAGGGAGUGUGGUAACAUGACUGCCAGGGCAGAUAUACAGUAUAACCUGGGACUUCUAAGGACACAGCAAUCAGACUUUAUACUGGCAGAGUCCGACCUGCGACAAUCUCUGUCCACACGAGAGCAGUGGUUUGGUAAUGCACACCCAUUGGUUGCUGAUACUUUAUUUGCUUUGGCUGAAUUGAUGGUAAAGAAAGAUAGCUCAAAAGGAUAUGAUAAAAUCCGUGCUGAGACACUGUAUAGGAAGACAGUUAAGAUUAGGGAGGAUUGUCUGGGAUCUACACAUCUAGCUGUUGCUGAUACACUACUGGCUUUAGGAAAAGUGUUGAUGGAAGAAAUCAGUUAUGGUGCUAAAACAGAAGCUGUAGGCCUACUUAGACGAGCUUUAGACAUUAAGACCACCAAUUUAGGUGGUGAUCAUAUAGACACAGUGUCUGUACGUAACUAUCUCAAAACACUAGAAGUUACUUUAAAGUUGGGGAAAUAUGAGUUUGGUCCAGCUAAAGAAACAGAUAUCCGCACCGUGGAAAGACCCUUCAGCAACAUGUCUUGGAGGGACAAUGACCUGAAAAAUCUGGACAAAAGGUCAAAAUUAAGGUCAUCAGCAAAAAGUAGAGGCAGUUCACGCCCAACAAGUAGAGAUGAGAGGAGUCUUCAUUCAAUGAGCAGGCUAAGCAGUGCAAGUCAUAUAACAGCAUCAGAAAGGUUGAUGAUUGAAACAGAACGACCUGCCCGUCUGCUAAAUAGAGAAAGUGUUGAAAGACGUCUCAAAAUUGGAAAACAAAUGGUAAAUGGCUUUUCAGGUAUGCCUGAUUAUGGGAGGAGUGUAAUCACCGAAGACAAAGAAAAUGAAGAGGAACAAGAGAGGAGACAAAGUCCAGAGCAGCAGUCAACGCAAGUUCAAGACAAUAUCAUUGACAGUUUUGGUGUCGAUAUUGCAAGAAGUGAAGAAACUCCUGCCCAGAAAAGAACACAGUUUAUGCCACAGACCCAGGAAAGUGGCCCAGUUAAAUUAUUCAAAAGAUUUGGAAGUGCAGAAAGUUCAAGAUCAUCGAAACAUAAUGUCAGACCUCCUCGAGAAAGCAGUGCAAGAAGUGCAAGUUCUUAUGGAACUAGUUAUCGGACAGGAAGUAGCUUAAAAAGUUACUCAUCAAAGAAAGAUACAAAUCCACAUUCUAUAAAUUUAGGUAAUACAUCCACAGUUACGUCUGGGCCUAAUUGUUCGUUGAGCAGUUUACUUGGUAAUUCUAAAACACCAAGAGAUAUUUCUAGGAAAGUCCACCAUAAAUCUGCAUGGUAUCAUGUUCCAGGGCGUUACUUCACAGAUGAAGAUAAACUUCCGCCAAAACGAUCACAAAAAACACAGGAUGUCAAAGCCAUGAUGAGACGAUUAAAUAUGAACACUCCACCGAAAAUUUUUGCACCUAGAAAUGGUACUACUCCAACAAAGUUUAAGAAACAUAAAUAUUUCAACGAGUCUCAUAUGAAUGAGGAUAAUUUUGGUCCUACUGUAAAAGGUAUUGGACCUGUUGCAUCUGAAGCUUAUUCAAGUGAAUAUAUAGAUGAUGUUUAUGAAAAUCCUGGUUCUACUGUUACUUUUAGAGGUGCUUAUUAUAUGGAGUAAUGUUCUUUCUAUGUUUAGUAAAAAUAAUCUUCAACAUUUUCUUCUUUAAAGCGGGUCUUCUUGUUGACAUUCACUGUAUUCAACUUUAAAAUUGUGAUGCUAAAUGUUAUAACAAUGUGAUUUUUUACCUGUAUUUUAGAGUAUAUCAAUUGUAACAUACACAAAGACUUUAAAUUUAUUGGAUAAACUAGCAAACUAUGA